CGUUAAUUGGCUUCCAAUUUUUGUUUCUCUAUUCGUUUGUUUCUUCUCCCUGCAGUGGGCAGCCUGCGGUUGCUCACCAAUCCAAGAAAAAAGGAUGGGACUGUCUUUUGCUAAGUUGUUCAGUCGGCUUUUCGCCAAGAAAGAGAUGCGAAUUCUUAUGGUGGGUCUUGAUGCUGCUGGUAAGACUACCAUCUUGUACAAGCUCAAGCUCGGCGAGAUUGUAACUACCAUUCCCACUAUUGGGUUUAAUGUGGAGACUGUAGAAUAUAAGAACAUUAGCUUCACUGUUUGGGAUGUUGGUGGUCAGGACAAGAUCCGACCUUUGUGGAGGCACUACUUCCAAAAUACACAGGGGCUAAUCUUCGUUGUCGAUAGCAAUGAUCGUGACCGUGUUGUUGAGGCCAGGGAUGAGCUUCAUCGUAUGCUGAAUGAGGAUGAGCUGAGGGAUGCUGUGCUGCUUGUGUUUGCUAACAAGCAAGAUCUACCAAACGCUAUGAAUGCUGCUGAGAUUACUGAUAAGCUUGGCCUCCACUCCCUCCGUCAGCGCCACUGGUAUAUCCAGAGUACAUGUGCAACCUCGGGCGAAGGGCUGUACGAGGGACUUGACUGGCUCUCCAACAACAUAGCUAACAAGAGUUGAGGAUCGGUUGAACGUUCAGUCAUCUCUCAGGCAGACUCGAUGUUAUUUUCUGUUUCCUUGAAGCUCUACAGGAAAUGUCUCCUAUUGUGUUAUAUUUUCCCCUUAGCUGGAAACUGGGCAUUUGGCCUGCCUUGUAGAUUGAUUUCUCAUG